AUGGUGGUGGCCGAUGGUGGUCGUGGAGAUCAUGGAGGUAGAGGCAGUGGUGCUUGGUGGAUGACGGUGGUUAUAGAGGACAUGAAGAUGGUAGAUUGUGGUGGUUAUGGUGGAGGUGUUCCUAUUCUUGUAAUAUCAGAACAUGAACCGGAGUACGCCGUCGAGGAGUGUUCUCAAGGAAAUCAGUUUUUUAUCCCCAAGGUUGAUGACGAGCUUAAACCAAAGAUCAACACACACUUCUUAACUAUAAAUGAAGCGGAUAAGAUGUAUAGGGCAUACGCGGACAAUGCUGGAUUUGAUGUUCGGCUGCACGCCAAAAAAACAAACAAGAAUGGAGACAUACAAACAAGAUGGUUUGUAUGUAAUAGGGAGGGAACACCAAACAAAAAGUUUUUUGAUUCCAUGGAUAUGCAGUCUGGUGAAAGGAGAUAUCGUAACACGAACCUUAAACGGAAAAAUAGACAAAUGAGGUAUACGGAUUACAAAAAUGUCCUGAAUAGCUCGAGCUACAAAGUUGGUGCGAUUAAGGCUCACCGUAUACAAACUGUAUUAAAUGGUGGGUUUGAGCACAAUCGAUAUUCUGAGAUCGACUUUAAGAAUUUCAAGGGAGAUGCAGUUGCAUGUGUUGGGAAAAAAGAUGCAAAAAUGUUGAUCAAUAAACUAUCCAAUAGGCGAGAUAUUGUUCCCGGUUAUUUUUUCGAGUACAAGUGCAAUGAUCAGGAGUUGGGUGCCAUUUUCUGGGCAGAUGAGGUCGCUAGAGUUAACUACAAAGAAUUUGAGGAUGUAAUUUCGUUUGACGGGACAUUUCGCACCAACAAGCAUGCGAUGAUUUUUGUUCCCUUUUUGGCGGUUGACAAUCACAAAGCUUCGGUUGUUGUCGGAUCGGCGUURAUAAGUGGUGAGACAAUUGAAAACUUUACAUGGGUUCUAAGAGCUUUCCUAAAAUGCCAUGAGAAGCAACCAGUUUUUGUGAUUACGGAGCAGUGUUCGGCGAUGAAGCAAGCCGUCCCGUUGGUGUUUACGGAAGCUAAGCACCGACUAUGUAUGUGGCACAUCAUGAAGAAAGUGCCUUCUAAGAUCAGUGUCGCUUUAAAUCAAGAUCCUCUGUUCAAUAAGGUUAUAAACAAGCUCGUGUGGAACAUUUAUAUUGGCCCAUCGGAAUUCGAGACCAAGUGGCAAGAGAUGAUCGAGCAAUACAAUUUAGGUCGUGAUCCGUGGUUCACAGAAAUGUAUGAAAUAUGCGCAUCAUGGAUUCCGACGUUUUAUAAGGACACACCGAUGUCUGGUCUUAUGAAAACGACAUCAAGAUCUGAGAGUUCGAAUUCGUAUAUUAACAUAUACAAAUCAUACUGGUUUGAUUUGGUUCAGUUCCUCAAUAAUUAUGACGUUGCUAUAGAGAAACAAAGGUACAAGCAAGCUGUGCAUGAAACAAUAACGAGGACAACGUAUCCAAAGUUGUUUACUCCAUUGUGCUUAGAAAGUCAAGCAUCAAGGGUAUACAGUCGAAAUGUGUUCUUUGACAUCCAAAAGGAAAUAAAGAAGGCUGUCUCCCGAAACUACACAGCCAACACGGUCGAAUGCGAGUGCAUUCUAUUCACGCGUAACGGUUAUCUGUGUCGUCAUGCAUUUAAGAUACAAUCCGCUAAGAUUCGAUACGGUGAGGUGGAUGCGGAGAAGGAUAAGUCAAUAAUUGAUGUAUACUCCAAAGUCGACGACAUUAUAAGCAUCGCCUGGAAUGAUAAAUCGAUACUGACUAGAUUGGAGCAGAAUCUCGACAAUUUCAUGGUUGAUAUCGAGAAAGAAGUACCGUAUGAAGACCCAUCCCAACAAAAGUUGGACGCGAUCAGAGAUCACCUUGGUGUUUCCAUACCCGAUGAUGUGGACAUCCUACCACCAUCUGGAAUAAGGAACAAGGGUUGUGGUUCUGGUAAGAGGUUGGUAAGCGUGUCUGAGAAAAUACAGUCUAUAAGCAAGAAAGCCCGUCGAAAAUGUGCGACAUGUGGCCAACGUACCGGCCAUGACUCACGUAAUUGCCCCGAAUUGAUAGAGUAA